UCGGAAGAAACAUGUCGAUAUAUAAGUAAAUAUACGUUGCGGUUUCGUUUAUUCGUUUAUUCUCAGCAUCGUUUAAAAAAUGGCACCAGUGUCUAAAGUGCUGCGGACUUGUGGCUUAUUGUUUUAUUUAAUUUUAAAAGUGUACAGUGAGGAGCCAAGUGUAGGAAAUCCAUGGAUAGUUAAUUUAGAAGUGGAGAGUAAACAAUGCGUAGACUCGAUCUGUAAUUAUUUAUUGCAUGUGCGCGGAGUGCAAUUCCUUGGUCAUUAUUCUUGGAGAUUAACUCCUGGUGCAGCUUCCGUGGGCAGUGAUUGUGGUGAAUUAUAUCCUAAUUAUGAAAUAAAAAACGUCGAAACGAGCGAAGCUGAUACUCGUUUAGAAGUAGUUGUGCCAAAUUUGAAUGGAAAAAUAUACUUCUGUUUACAAGAUCCCCAGAAGAAGGACGUUCUUUCCAGAUGGAAAUAUAUCCAUCAAGGUGCUAAAUUGUUUUUAGAUCCGAAGAACGACGUAAUAUCAGCCAAGGAUAUAAAGAACACGUCAAAUGAGAAAACAAAAAACGAAUCGAUUCAUCAGAACACAGAAGGUGAAAACGCAAAAACAACGUGGGUAGAUCUAUCCCAUGAUAUUGAUGUGAAUUAUCUACCUAACACGCAACAUACGAGAAAACAACGAGAUAAUAUUGAAGUACUAGUAAACGACAAUUAUGUCCCAAUAAAUAUUCGAGAUCACGCAAAACUAGAAACAUUCGAUCCGCACGAAUUCGAAUUUGAUGAUCCCUUUAAUAACAGAAUUAAAAGAAAACCAAACGGCAGGUAUAGAUAUAGACGUGAAAUUAUAAACAAAGAAAAUAGGGAACAUUUUGAAGAGAUAAAAACAAGCGAUGAUAUAAUAGGUCCUUUUGAUGAUAAAAUAGACCAUAAAGUAAACCCAGAUGAUGUUAAUGGCCAGAAUAAACGACAGACGAGUCCUCGAAUGCCGUUCUUCACAACAGUCAAAGCAGAUCCCGUACCAAUAGUUGUUGAAGGGUUAAGGAUUGAAAGGUCAGAUAAGGAACCUGUUAUUAUAGAAGAAGGCAUACCGAGUGUGCUUGCCGGGAGUGGAUUUACCUUAAGACUUUUUGGUCAAGGUCUGACUCGAAGGACCGUGAUAGCCUUUACCCACGAUCCUAUGGAUUAUGGCCAGCCCUGCAAGUUUCUAGUCAAAGGAGAAUAUAUGGUGAAAGAAGAUUCCUUAUUCCCGCGCACAGCACUCUUCGAUAUGGUAGCUCCACAGCCAAUAAAUGGCCACAAAUUAUACGUUUGCGCCAAGAAUUUAAAAUUCGGUGCAAGAAGUCCUGAUGAAGACGAAGAGAAGUAUUUACAUAUGGGCUUCGAUACGUGGACGAUGUUGGCGACACAUAAUAAUUUAUUACCUUUAUGGGCGACGUUAACUCUUAUAGUCAUCUGUUUGGGAUUUUCAGCUUUAUUUUCUGGUUUAAAUUUAGGCUUAAUGUCUUUGGAUAGGACAGAAUUGAAGAUAAUUUCAAAUACAGGCACAGAUAAAGAGAGGAAGUAUUCGAGAGCGAUAAUGCCAGUAAGAGAUCAUGGGAAUUAUCUUCUUUGUAGUAUACUUUUAGGUAAUGUGGCGGUUAAUUCUACGUUCACGAUAUUACUUGAUGGUUUGACUUCUGGUCUUUUUGCUGUCAUAUUGUCUACGUUAGCUAUUGUACUGCUAGGUGAGAUAACUCCGCAAGCGAUUUGUUCAAGGCAUGGAUUGAUGAUUGGUGCAAAGACUAUUAUGGUCACGAAGGCGGUGAUGGCUCUAACCGCACCAAUGGCGUAUCCAGUCAGCAAGCUCUUAGACUAUUUCCUAGGCGAGGAGAUAGGCAGUGUUUAUAAUCGAGAACGCUUAAAAGAACUUGUCAAGGUAACAACGGACGUCAACGACCUCGACAAGGAUGAAGUAAAUAUCAUCUCUGGUGCGCUCGAGCUUCGCAAGAAGACAGUCUCCGAUGUGAUGACGAAGUUAGAAGACGCUUUCAUGCUGCCCAUUACUUCCAUAUUGGACUUUGAAACUAUGUCGGAGAUCAUUAAAUCUGGUUAUUCUCGUAUUCCGGUAUACGAGGGUAGCAGAGUCAACGUGGUGACGGUGCUGUUCAUCAAAGACCUGGCGUUCGUGGACCCUGAUGACAACACGCCGCUGAAGACCCUCUGCCAGUACUAUCAGAACCCUUGCAACUUCGUCUUUGAAGAUGUCACCCUGGAUGUCAUGUUUAAGCAGUUCAAAGAAGGCCACAAGGGACAUAUGGCGUUUGUUCAUCGUAUCAACAAUGAAGGUGAAGGUGACCCGUUCUAUGAGACAAUAGGUCUGGUGACCCUCGAAGAUGUGAUUGAGGAGAUGAUCCAAGCUGAGAUUGUUGAUGAAACUGAUGUAUUCAUGGACAACCGCACGAAACGACGUCGCAACCGGCCACAGAACAAGCUGCAAGACUUCGCAGCAUUCGCGGAAAGACACGAGAACCAACGAAUACAUAUUUCUCCGCAGCUCACACUCGCUACAUUCCAGUUCCUGAGCACCAGUGUGGACGCAUUCCGACCUGACACAGUAUCAGAAACUGUAUUACGUCGUUUACUAAAACAAGACGUUAUUCAACAUAUUAAAGUAAAGAAUAAAAGCAAACGAGACGCAUGUACUUAUGUCUUCCAGCAAGGGAAGCCGGUGGAUUACUUCGUGCUGGUGCUGGAAGGUCGUGUGGAGGUGACAGUGGGCAGAGAAAACCUCGUAUUCGAAGCGGGACCUUUCACUUACUUCGGUGUGCAAGCACUCACACAGAAUAUUGGUGUUGCGGAAUCCCCAACACCCUCAGCUAUGGGGUCCCUACAGAACAUUAAUAUGGACUCCAUGCUGCGUCACACUUUUGUACCAGAUUACUCCGUUCGUGCAAUCACUGAACUCUACUACCUUACUGUUAAACGUUCUCUAUACUUAGCGGCGAAGCGAGCUACCCUUAUGGAGAAAGGGGCGCUGUCUAAGGGUGCAACUAAUGAACAAUUCGAUACUGAAGUCGAUAAGCUCCUGCAAUCCGUUGAUGAAGACAUCAGUAUCAGCGGUGAACACAAGACACCUUCCCGUCAGGUAUCACCAAACCCGAUGCCAGUGUCCGCGUCCCCUCUAACCAGGUCAUCAUUUGCCCGCGCAUCACCAGACAAGAGUGGAGAUAAGGCCGACGAACAAGAAAAACUACUCAAAUAAGAUCAGUGUUGCCACUUAAUAUUACCGUAUACACGAAAAAAAUUUGGUAAUAAAAAUGUACAAUCACGGAAUUUCGCGGUGUUCGUUUUAGAAAAAAUUACCCUUUUUUACGAGACAAACUCUCAUCUAAUUAGAUUAGUGAGUGUAAACGAAGGGAUAAUAAUAAAAAAAAUGUGUCUCACUAAAGGACUUUUUUGGUAUACAUAUAUAAGCCUUGUAUUGAUUUUUGUUCCGUCUCGUUUCAAAAUUAAACCAUUGUUGGUAAUAAGAAACACCGCCAGAUUUCCCAAUUGUACAAAUGUGUACUAUGCAAGUCCGUUGAAUUGAUUUUUUGUACCGUCUCGUUUCAAAAUGUUCAAACUAUUGUAACUGUUAACACCGCCAAAUCUCCUAACUGUACUCAUUAUCGAAUUUAAAAGAAAAGAUAUAUACACUAGAAAAAUAAUCAUUUAUUAUCUAUGGAUUUAUUUAUUAUGUAAAUUCCGUCAUAAUUAUUUCAAUUGAAUUCGACUUUAAUGGUGGUUAAGCCUUUCAUAGUAAAGGUUUCUGAAAAAUUACACCAAGGGCUCCCACCACUUGCUGAUAGAGGCUCAGAUAGCUUAUGACGUUACUGGUAUAAGGUAACAAAAUCCGAUAUUUUGCAUACGUGUAUCGAAUGAAAGGUACAGGAAAAUAAGCUUACAGUAAAGCUUACUUUCAGUGGUAGAGUAAGAGCGUCGGUGGCUCAGUGGUUUAAGCACUUGACUUGUAAUCUACAGGUCUUGAGUUCGAAUCCCGCCGUACUAAUGAUUUUCGAUUUUUCAUAUGUACAUAAUUUACCCGAUGUUCUUAUUGUGAAGGAAACAUGAUGCAAUCGGCGAAGAAAUUCAAAGAUAUGUGUGAAGUCAACACAGUGCAGUGUUGACUAUGGCCUAGUCACCCUUAGGGUAG